AUGACUUCCCAGUUCGCCUUCAGAGGAUCUCCCCCCAAUCAGAGCACCAUCUCGACAGCCUCCAACAGUCCGCCGCCGGCGCAGGCGGGAAUGAGCGCGGGCGCGGGCGGCGCGAGUGCCGCGGCCCGGCCCAGCUCACCUGCCGCCGCAGCCCCUCGCUGCUGCGACACUGGCCGCCCUAUAUUCCAGGAUCCUAUCACCGGACAAACAGUUUGCUCGUGUCAAUACGAGUUUCUCAACUACCAGAGGCUCGCUUCCGGCGUGCCCCUGUCUAUGUACAGUGCCCCUUACUCUGACGCAGCGGCGGCUACAGCUGCUGGUAUGGCAGCGUAUUUUCCUGCUUUAGCAGCUGAUCAACCACCCUUUUAUACAAAUGCUGCUGCAGGAAUUGAACUCAAAGAAAACCUUGCCGCGAGUGCAGCUACUUGGCCAUACCCGACUGUUUAUCACCCCUAUGAUGCAGCCUUCGCCGGAUAUCCCUUCAACGGGUAUGGAAUGGACCUAAAUGGCGCAAGAAGAAAAAACGCAACUAGAGAGACAACGAGCACUUUAAAAGCAUGGCUGAACGAGCACAAGAAGAACCCAUACCCAACGAAGGGAGAGAAGAUAAUGUUGGCGAUCAUCACCAAGAUGACGCUGACGCAGGUGUCGACGUGGUUCGCGAAUGCGCGUCGCCGGCUCAAGAAGGAAAACAAGAUGACGUGGGAGCCGAGAAACAGGGUCGACGAUGAUGACAAUAAUAAUGACGAUGAUGACCAUAAAAGCAACGAUGGAAAAGAUGGACUAGAUGGAAAAGACUCAGGAACUGGCUCUAGUGAAGACGGAGAUAGACCUCAACAAAGAUUAGAUAUGCUUGGGCAAAGGACAGAAUCAGAAUGGUCCGAAUCGCGCGCCGAUAGUGGUCCCGAAUCACCUGAACCUUAUGAAAGACCUAUUCACCCAGCUUAUCAGCAUUUACCUUCCCGUGCGCCACCCGGCAGCACUCCAGCCUCAGCAAAGCCCAGAAUAUGGUCACUAGCGGAUAUGGCAAGCAAAGAGGGCGAAGCUCCAGCGCCACCAUCACCAGCAUCCGCGUUUUACCAGUCAGCAGCCGCUGCGGCGGCAGCUCGCCUCGCUCACCCUUACAGCCGGCCUGAAUUAUACCGAGGCCUGUAUCCUCCGACUCACCCGGCGGACGUGGCCCUCCUCGAGUACUCUCGUUCGCUAGCACUUGCUGCACCUGCCCCUGCACCUCCAGCUCCCUCACCGUCCUCAUCGUCCACGUCGUCGCUGGCCGAGCCCCCUCCCCCACCUCGGGCCUGA